UGGCAACGGAGUUUCUGUUUCAGAACUAUGAUCUUGUGUGCAACACGCUGCCAUUUCCGGUGAAGCACGGUAAGUCGAUAAAUGCGUGUGUCUUCGUUGAGUGAUGGGAAUGUGUCCGUUACGGCUGCCUACUGGACGUACGUGGAUAUCGAUAUACCCACACUACAGCAGGCCGCGCACUUAUUCCCAUGUGAAACUAGCUAUCCUGUGUACCCAACCCUUCCCCUUGAGGCUUAUCUUAUUUGCUCCUCCUCUCCGACUAUGCCUGGCUUCGUUUUGGUUCUGAAUCGCUGUGGCUUGAGCACCUGGCCGAGCGAUGGUGCGAGCCGUGCUAUUCUUGUUCGACUGGUCUACCUCGACGAGGUAGACCUUUAUUUGUGUCUAAAACUAAUUCGAAGGGCAACAUAUCCAUAAACAAUACAGGUUACUGCCUGAACCCAGAAUUGAUAAAUGCUACCGACCCACGUCUCUGGGUAACGCCAGUUAGAAGGGAACCGCUAGACGAAAACUGGUACCCAUUUUUCCGAAAAAUGUUUCGGAAAUUUGCAAAGA